AUGCAGAUAUUCAUCCUGGGGCCGACGGCCAUUGUGCGCAAAGCUGCAAAUAGCUGCAUGUUCCAGAACCUCUUGUCGCACUUCAUUGACCGAAUGGAGGUCAAGGUGACCCAAACAGCCCAUCAGAAUUUCUCGUUGGCAAAACACCGGUUCGAAAGCAGUUACGAACCAGUCCUCCGCCUCAUCUUCCACCUGCCGGCUUUCAUUCUCGCUGCCCAACAACUUGUGCGCGAAAGGCCUGCAAGCGACCACAUCGCCAUCGCCUGCAAACGUUUUCUGGACGAGCUGACGGAGGAGCGUUUGCUCACCCUCGCCAUGAUUGCAGACGCAAACUCUGCGAUUAUGCGGCUCACCCGUUAUAUGGAUACUGAGGCCUACGACAGCACCGGGCUGCAACACGCACUGAUGACAUGUGCGAACACUCUUCAUCACCUCUUCAUGGAGAAUGCCUGCCGUGAACACGGGCUUAUGAUGCACAUGCGAGAGGCCCUCGAGAAGCCGCUGGUGUAUGUGGACAGUCGGGGAGUCCCGCAUAGUGUUGGUGGAAAAGCCGUGGCACUUCGGGCAGCUGAAACAGCUUGCAAAGCCAGGUUCCAGGCUUUCACAAAGCUCAGCUUGGCAACGAUGAUUGCCGAGUUUCCAUGCUUCAGCAUGCUGGCGGCCUUCGAGGCUUUUGUGCUGAGUGGCAAAAAGUUUGCAGCGUUGAGCCGGAUGCGUUGGCUGGACUCCUUGGCACGGCUGGGGAAAUUCUGUGCUGUAGACGAGAAGCAGCUCGCGGAGCAGAUGCAGGAACUACGACCCGCGGCCCGGGCGGUCUUCGAUUACAGUGACUGCAACGUUUUCCAGGCUUGGCGCAAGGUCUGCAGACAGCGGCCGGCUGCAACAGCCCUGCACGAGGCGUUACUGCGCCUUGGCAUCAUGAACGGCUGCACCACGUCAGGUGUGGAGCAGACCUUUGCGAAGCAGUCGCAGAUCUUCACGAAGCACCGCAGAAAAAUGCAUGCUUCCCUCGAGUGCGAUGAGACGGUGCUGGCGGGAGACCUCGUCAGUGAAGAGUGCCGUGUCGUGUCCGAUGAGAAGAUUUGCCUGCAGGCGGCUCGCAUUUGGCUGCGGCUUCGCUACGAAAAGAAGAUCGCAACAGCAAGUCGCAUGACGAAAGGCCUCAAACGGACAGCACUGAAGAAGAACCUGGGCAAAAUGUCGGCUGCAACAGCCACGCAGUGGAAACUCCGAGCGCGAGAAGAGCUCAGCAAGGCCAUGAAGCAGCGUGGCUUGAGAGAUGUGAGCUCGCUGGAGAGGAGUAUCCGCCUUCCUUGUGGACACGCGGGCUGGAGCAGCGCUCACGAAGAGGAACUGGCCUUCCAGAAAAACAAGUUGCUGGAGAAGAAGAUGCAGGCAUCCCAGGCCGGUUUGUUGCUAGACGCCGAGGAGCGGACGAUCGCGGCUGACAAGCCGAAGUGGUUGAAGAGGCAAGCGCAAAAUACCCACAAGGAGGCCUUGAAGGCCAAACGGUUGAGCGACAUAGACCUCACUGCAGACCGCCGGUGGAAGUUGGCGGAUGUCCUGGGAGGGCAGGUAGUGGCACUUGAGCAGGGGCUCGAGCAUUUGCGGCAACAGGCGAGGAGGAACCCAGCAGAGGUGCCCAGGCGGAUGGCAUGGGUGUUGACGCUGUACGGAGGAGCCGCCGUGAAUCCGGCCUUUGUCCAGAGCAUGGGCAAGAAAGGCGAGCUCCUGCAGUUCGAGGCUGCGGUGCGGAAAGCAAAACUAG